AUGUCUGAUCCCGUGGCUCCCCCUCAGCUCCCCAGAAGAGUCUCGUCAGUGACGGCUCACGGACCUCCUCAGACCAAAUCAAGCAGGGCCAGGUCAGCCUCGUCAGUCAAUGAGUUGUCGCUUCCCCCAAAGCCCCAUGGCACCAGAAACCACGCCAGCUCCAUCAGCUCCGUCGACUCGUCUAAUUUGGACAACAUCAUCAAGCAAGACCUGAACCCCUACGCCAGCCAGUUCAACGGAUUUCCCUCGUGGAACGGGUGCAAGCACGGCAAGAUCAAGCUCAAGGACGAUAUCGAUAUCGAGAAGCAGUUGAUCUUGACCGCAGGCGGUAAGCGCGAGGACGUGUUCUGUUUUGCGCUCAAGCUCUUGUUGUUGAUGGCCAUUGUGUUGGGCUCGGGUGUGUUGAUCUUCCUCGCACUCUAG